UCUUCUCAUCUCAAGCAGCCUCUAGCGAGCGCCCACCACUAUACCCUUCCCUCAGAGCUACCCUGCUACACCAGCAGUAUCAUCUGCGUAGUCUCACUUGAGAGAUCCUGCUUUGGUGAGCUCGUCCGAAGCCCCGCCUUCGCCGCGGUGGAACCAUCAAGGCAGAUCUACGGCAAAGAGCCCCACCCGUUCCUCCUCUCAAUCCAAACGCGCAAUGGACGAGGAUCCAGCAGACUUCCCCACUCAGCACUUCCAGGACGACGAGGAAGGAGGCGGAGAAGCGCAGGGUAACGGCAUGGGAGAGACAGAAGACUCGCCUGACAAUGCCCCACCACAGCGCGGCUUUCAAAAGCCCAAGUCACGCCCCGGCGAUGGAGUCGUGAACGACUUCGAUGACGAGGAAGAGGACGAGGAUGAGGAAGAGGGCAUCGACCUCAUGAAGGAGGACGGAGACGACGAUGACUCAAGCGAAGAGGAUGACGAAGAUGACCCAGAGGAAGCCAGGCUCAUUGCCGAAGGCUUCAUCGUCGACGAGGAAGACGUGGAGCAGAGCGAUGACGAUGCAGCCGAGAAGAAGAGAAAGAAGAGGAGGAGGCUGCGAAAGCUGAGGAACAAAAAGAAGGAGAAAGAUGCAGAUGAAGAGGAUCUCGAUGAGGAUGACCUGGACCUGUUGGCAGAGAACAGAGGCGAGUCGAGGACGCAAAAGAAAAAGCGCUUCAGGAGGGGCUCUGGCUCACCCGAGCCUGCGCAGUCAUCAUCUCGGAGUCGCGACCUGGCUCGCAUCUUUGACGACGACGAUGACGACGACGAGGCUGCCGCUCCCCCUCGUCGUCUAGCCAUUGACGAUGAAGAUGACGACGAGGAGGACCUGCCAUCGGUCUCCGAGGCGCUUCGUCGGGCAGCUCAGCGAAAGCCCAAAGAGCGCCCGCAAGCACCUGUCCCGGCCCAAGCCUAUGCCGAGGAUGACAUGGACGACUUCAUCGAUGAUGACGAUGACAGCGAUGAGGCCAAUGAAAUGGAAGAUCUCGAUGAAGACGAGAGGGAAGAGCGUCGUAGGCAAAAGCGGGAGCAGAAGAAGGCCGAAAAAGCAGCCAGGAGAGCCACGCGAGGAGCCUUCGCUGGUGGCAUGGACCCGAACAAAGCUGGAAUCGAUGCAGACGCCUGGGAAGAGAUCAACGAUAUCUUCGGAGACGGCUCGGACUACCAGUGGGCUUACAAGAAGGGAGACAUCUCCGACGAUGACGGUGAAGACGAAGAAGACGCAGCAGAGGUCGACGCCGAUGGCCUCCUGAUCGGAGAUGGCAAACCCAAGAAGAGGGUCGUCGAGUUCAAGGACAUCUUUGAACCUGCUGCCAUCAAGGAGCGAAUGCUCACCGAUGCCGAUGAGCGGGUCAAGCAGAUCGAUUGGCCCGAGCGAUUCCAAUUGGCUCUUCCCGGCGAGGAUGGACUGAAGCUCCUUGAGACGCCUGUCGAAAGUCCCGAUCUGGACCGAGCUACCCUGUGGAUGGCGCCUCGCAUCUCGACCCGAUGCACAAACGACUUCAAUACCCCGGGUGGGACGUUCCAUCAUCUACGUCAGCAAUGGUUCGCUGCUGUGAGACUGGUUCUUGAGUACAUCCUGAUAGAUCGUCUCGAGGUACCGUUUCUCUACGCACAUAGGUCAGAUCAACUCACGCACGACAGCCCUUACGUGGACCCAGUUUCUGGGAAGCUGCGCUCCAUUGAUUACCUCACUCGGCGAGAGCUUCACACCGUGACCAGUCUGGCUUUCAGGUGGAAGACGCUACACGCUCGAAAGCUCGCCAUUCGGCGGACAUUCGAGCAGAUUGGCAUCUCGGAGGGCGGUGACGUAGGACAAGGUGUCGCUCAGACCCUGCAAUUUGAGAGCAUGCUAGACCGAGUCGAAAGCCUCGAGGAGCUCUCUGACCUCGCAGACUGGCUCACAAUGCGAUACGGCCCGCGCAUGAGGGAUGCGCAGGCAGCCGCGCUUGCCGACCUCGAGAUCACCGGUCACACCGGGACAGUCGCCCCUUCUACUUUCAAGAGACCGGGUGUUGUGGGACAGUAUGAGCGCAUCAAGGGUACUGCCAUCUCCGAUCUAGCCAAGCGGUUCGGCAUAUCAUCUUCAGAAUUGGCCGAGAAUCUGCUUGCCGGAUCUGCAGCUCGGCGUUACUUCCCUGAAGAUGAGCUUGAAGCUCCAGAGACCCUCGCAGAGCAAUAUGUGGACUUCCAAUCCGGUGUCCGAUCUGCUGACACUGCACUGGAGAUGGCAAAGGUGCUGAUCAGUCUCGAGGUGGGACACGAGCCUGUUCUCAGGCGAGAGGCAAGGCGGCUCUUCCGUGAGCACGCGCAGGUCACAGUCCGUCCGACCGAGCGCGGUCAAUUGAAGAUCGACGAAGAGCAUCCAUUCUGGAACUUCAAGUACCUGGAGAGCAAACCAGUGAAGGAGUUUGUGGCAGCAGAAGCUCCUCCUCGUCCACAGCCAUCUUACGGAGGCCGCCAGCCGGCACAACUCGUACCAUCUCAGACACAAUUCUUGCUCAUCCUGCAGGCAGAGGAAGACUCGUCCGUGACGGUCGAAAUCGCCUUGCCGGACGAGGUGUUUGACGACUUCCGCGAGAGGCUCAACCAGGCAUUCGCCUCGGAAGGUGUCAGCGAAGUGAGUCAGAAGUGGAAUCUUUUGCGAAAGGACAUCAUCGAGAUGGCUGUAGAAGCCAGCUUGAUCCCGACGGGAAGGAUCUGGGUGCGAGAGUGGCUGAAGGAAGAGUGUUCUGAAUGGUUGUGCAAGAGUUGUGAGGCUACUCUGGAUCGAAGGCUGGACGCUCGGCCAUACGAGUCAAGGAGCAUGGCUGCUCGUCGUCGGUACCCUGACGACAAUGACUCGGAUGCAGGCGACGAGGGCGACACAAAUGCGUCUAAGAGCAUUUACACUCCGUCUGUCCUAGCGGUCUCGCAUGGGCAAGGUGACCCGAGAAGAGACGCAAUCGCUGCUGUCUUCCUCGAUGCCGCCGGCCGAUUUCGCGCCUCAACGACUUUCGACCACAUCAACACCCCUACUCCCGAGCAGCAAGAAGCUCUCCAAGUCACUCAACAAGCUGAGGAGGCUAGAGCAGCUCGGCGUGGAGAGGCUGCUCCGGAUCUGGUCACGCCCAGGCAGAAAUUCAUCAAGAUGCUGUCGACCUAUCGACCUGACGUCAUUGUCCUAAAUGGCUUCAGCCCGCGGACUGUACAGCUGAAGCAGCAGUUGGAGGCAAUUGUGGAGGAAGCGAAGGAAGCGAUCAUCGCCGAACAGAGGAUAUCGCUGCAGCAAGCGGACAAGGCUUCCAUCGACGUCGUUUAUGUUCACGAUGACACCGCCCGCCUGUUCCAGCACUCACAACGAGCAGCCGACGAGUUUCCAGAUCUCAAGACCCUCCACCGAUACUGUGUCGGUCUCGCCAGGUACACCCAAAGUCCUUUGCUUGAAUUUGCUUCCCUGGGCGAUGACUUGCUCGUCAUCAAUUUCGACCCUUAUCAGCGCUUAGUGCCCCAGGAAAGGCUUCGCACGUACCUCGAGCGUAGUAUUGUCUCCUCCACAAACGAGGUCGGUGUGGAUCUCAACAAGUCUGUCGGAGAUGCCUACUACCGACAACUGCUGCCUUUCAUCUGUGGCUUGGGUCCUCGCAAAGCCAAGGCGCUCAUCGAUGCGAUCAGCCGACGUCUGGAAGGCACCGUCAUCAACCGACGUGCACUGCUGGAGAAGCAGAUCAUGAGCUGGCCGAUCUUCUCCAACGCUAGCGCUUUCCUCAUCAUCAACUUUUCUGGUGGUGUUGCUCCUGCCAUUCGGCCGGAGGCUGUCGAGACUGAGGUGGUGGACAAGGAGAAAAACACUCCCGACGUUCUCGACCGCACUCGUAUCCAUCCUGAGGACUACAAGUUUGCGCGAAAGAUGGCAGCCGACGCUCUUGGCCUGGAUGAGGAGGAUCUGGACGAUGAGCAUUCUUCCUAUCCUUGUGCCUUGCUGCUGGAUGACCCUGAUGCGGGGAGGAAGCUUCGAGAGCUCGACAUCGACUCGUAUGCAAGUGUGUUGUUGAGGAAGCACGGUGAUCGAAAGAAGCUUUCACUGGAGCAGUGUACGGACGAGCUCCUUCGCCCCUUCGGCGAGCUUCGUGGCCCCUUCAAGCUUCCGACUCAAGACGAAAUGCUUACGAUCCUGACCGGCGAGACGCCUCGUACACUCGAUCGCGAGUCCAUUGUCAAUGUCACUGUCCAUGGCAUCUUCCCGACCCACAUCAGCGUCAGGCUGGACUGUGGUAUGGAAGGGACAAUCAACGAGCAGUAUCUCGUCCCGCUCGAGCUCGAUGAGUACGCUAGCAUGGGUGAAAAGCCUCCUCGCCUCCGCUCUCUUGUCAAGCGGGAUCAGACGCUCAAGGCACAGAUCAUCGACAUCGACAAGGACAAGCUGCAGGUUGAGCUGACUGCUAAGCCCUCUCAUCUUCUGGCUGCGGAGAACAUGAGGCUACAAAACGUCAGUGUAGCAAUCGACCCCAGAUACUGGAACGGCGAGCGAGCCGAGAAGGACCGGCGGCAGGCAGAGUUCAAAAAGCAGGCUGCGAAGAAUCGAAGCAGCACUUCGCGCUUUGUCAAGCAUCCCAACUUCAGAAACUUCAAGGCUGGACAGGCAGAAGAGUUCCUUGCGAACCAGCCUCGCGGGGCUGUCAUCGUUCGCCCAAGCUCGAAGGGCAACGACCACCUUGCCGUCACCUGGAAGGUCGACGAUGGGGUGUAUCAGCAUCUGGAUGUCCUCGAGCUGGAGAAGGAGAACGAGUAUUCCCUCGGCAAGAUCCUCCGUGUGAUGAACGUGACAUACAACGAUCUCGACGAGCUGAUUGUCAAUCAUGUCAACCCCAUGGCCAAGAUGGUGGAAAUGCUGGUGAACCACGAGAAGUACAAGGGCACAGAAAAGGAGCUGGAGCAAUUCCUCACCACCUGGUGUCUCGCCAACCCUACUCGCUCUACGUACGCUUUUGGCAUCGAUCGGGCUCAUCCCGGGUGUUUCAAGCUGGGCUUCAAGGCCAACAGGGAGGCGCCCAUCCAGUACUGGCCGGUGCGAGUACUACCGGGUAGAUUCAAGCUGCAUCAGGCCGAUCAUCUCCCUGACGUGGCAUCUCUGUCAAAUGCCUUCAAGACUCAAUACACUGCCAUGUCCGCUAGUGCAAGAGGAGGGGCUACUCCGGCAGUAGGCAUGGGCGGUGGCAACAAUGCUUUCACGCCUCAUGCAGGCGCCAGAACCCCCUAUGGUGGUCGGACGCCCAUGCAUGGCGGUAUGACCCCUGGCAGGAUGGCCGCUGGUGUCGGCGGUGGUAUGACGCCUGCUGGAGCUGCGUACGGUGGCAUGACGCCGGCUUACAAUGGUGGUGGUGGUGGUGGGCGGGGUGCUCCGCCUGGACCUCCUCCCGGUGCCCCUCCUGGCCCUCCGCCAGCAUUCCCUCCUCCUGGAGCAAACUAUGGCUAUGGAGCGCCGCCGCCCCCUGGUCGACCACCGAUGGCCCCUCCCCCUGGCCGAGGAUGGUAGGGCUGUUAGUUUUUUCUUUGGGUCUCGUUACCUUCGUCGCGCCUUUGUCGUCACAUCUGAGCAUUCUCUUCAAUAGCAUUGCAUU